AAUCCCACAGAUAUGCAAAGAUCUCUCAGAAUCUCUUCGAUAUCAUAUUUUCCCUCUCUUUUUUUUCCUUCUCCUUAUAAAUCCUCUAAUCUCCCCCAUUCAAAUCAUUUAUCCCGUUGCUUAAUCAAAUCUCCACAUUUUUCUUACUCUUUUUCGAUUCCAAGCAGAUUCUCUCUCUCUCUUUCGCAGAUCUAUUUGAUAUGGCGGAGGUUUUGCGUCCAGAGAAGUUGGAUAUCUCCAACGACACUUCUUCCUUAGGAUCGCCGGAGCUUCUUCAUGUUCUCGCCGUCGACGAUAGCAUCGUCGAUCGGAAAUUCAUCGAGCGGUUACUCAGGGUCUCUUCAUGUAAAGUUACUCUUGUCGAUAGUGCUACGAGAGCUUUGCAAUACCUUGGAUUAGAUGGAGACAAUAGCUCUGUUGGAUUUGAGGAUCUAAAGAUUAAUCUAAUAAUGACUGAUUACUCUAUGCCUGGGAUGACUGGAUAUGAACUAUUGAAGAAGAUCAAAGAAUCAUCAGCUUUCAGAGAAAUACCUGUGGUGAUUAUGUCGUCUGAGAACAUCUUGCCUCGUAUCGAUAGAUGUCUUGAAGAAGGGGCUGAAGAUUUCUUAUUGAAACCUGUGAAAUUGGCUGAUGUGAAGCGAUUAAGAGAUUCUUUAAUGAAAGCUGAGGAAAGAACUUUCAAGAACAUUAUGCACAAGAGGGAGCUAGAAGCUAACGAUGUCUACUCGCAGCUUAAACGCGCAAAGAUCUGAAUUAUGAUCUUUAAAAGCUUCAAACUAGAGCUUUGGGCUUAAAAUUUUUGGGAAAUGACAGCUCUUUUGCUGGUAGAACCAGUGAAGGCAAGCAAGGGUUUUUUUUUCAUAAUAGAAAUGUAUAUUGUAGACAGAAGAAAAUUGGGAUUCAUUAGAGAGGAGAGAUACAUAAUAGUUUUUUCUUUACAUGAGAUAUGUAAAAUGGUGUUGU